GGCGUGGCCUGCGGCAGGAGGGGCGUGGUUUGUGUGCUGAAGGGGCGUGGUCUCGGCUCGGGGCGUGGCCUGCGGCGGGAGGUGCGAAGCCGCCACGUGUCCGCUGGGUCCCGGUGCCCGACCCUGCACCAUGAAGUGCAUCAUCAUCGGUGGCAACAUUAAAGUCCUCGGCCGAGCUGUGCACUCCCUGUCCCGCAUUGGCGAUGAGCUCUACCUGGAGCCCACCGAGAACGGGGUAUGGGGGAACCGAAGGGGCUGGGAGCUGUGGGGCCCGCAGUGCCCCCCACUGAGCGAUACCCACCCUGUGUGUCCCCAGCUGUCCCUGCGCUCCAUCAACUCCUCCCGCUCUGCCUUCGCCUCCUUCCUCUUCGCACCCCUCUUCUUCCAGCGGUACGAGGCAGGAGGCCCCGAGCUCUUCCGCUGCAAAGUGCUCAUGAAGUCCUUCCUGGGGGUCUUCCGCUCGCUGCCCUCGCUGGAGAAGACGGUGGAGAAAUGCCUCAUCCUGCUCAAAGCCCAGCUCAGCCGCUUGGUUGUGCAGCUGCACUGCAAGUACGGCGUCACCAAGACCCACAACCUGACCUUCCAGGAGUGCGAGCGGCUGCAGGCUGUCUUUGACACCCAGCAAUGCGCCAGCAGGCUCCAGGCCCCGGCACAGCUGCUGGCAGAGGCUGUGGUCCACUUCCCCCCAGCGCUGGCUGAGGUGACGCUGAGGGUUGAUGCCGGGGGCAAGAUCAGCCUCCGGAACUACGUGGAUGAGGGGGAGCCCACCAAGAUGAUGGUGACAGAGCUGUGCUUGGCCAAGGAGGAGUUUGAGGCAGUGGCUGCAGUCCCAGAUUCCCACAUCACCUUCUGCCUCCGGGAAUUCCGGGGGCUGCUGAGCUUUGCAGAGGCCUCCCACCUGCCCCUCAGCAUCUACUAUGAUGCACCCGGCAGGCCGGUGAUCUUCACGCUGGAUGAUGCUGUGCUGGAGGUCAACCUGGUGCUGGCCACCCUGUCGGACCCAGAGAGCAGCUCACAGCACCCCACAUCCAAUGGCGUGUCCCACAUCCCUGCCCCACCGGAUGACUUCGCUGACGACCUGGAGGCCUACAUGAUAGCAAUGGAAACCAGUGCCUAUGAGGAGAGCUCGAGGGACCCCCCCACGCCCUCCUUCCCCCUGCGCACCCCACAGCCCCCCCCCAGCGACCCCAAUGAGGAGGAUGAGGAGGAGGAAGGCGGCGCUGUACCAGGGACCCCCCCCCACAAGAAGUUUCGCUCACUGUUUUUUGGCUCUGUGCUGACACCGGGGGGGCCCAAUCCAGCCCCAGUACAGGAGGUGCUGGCAGAGGACAGCGAUGGCGAGUACUGAGCACCCCACGGCGCUCACACACACAAACACCAAACCCCAUAACCCCCAAAUUACAAGUUUAUUCCCCCAAAAAAACCCCUCCUGCUCACCCCCCCCCUUUGCCCCUCCACCUCCACAGGGUUGGGGGCUUUGAGCCCCCCCCUUAGGGCUUGCAUUGGGGUGGUGGUGGCUGGGGAAGGGAGAAAGGGGAGGGGAGGGGGGGUCUG